UUCAGGCCCCGGCAGGGCAGGUUUGGGUCUCCGAUCCUGAUAAGGCAAGCGUUGAGCUUCCUGGGAUGAGAACUGACUGAUCCCACGUUGUAUUGUGACUAAAAGCCGCAGGUUUCCUGCCUGCCUGCCUAGAGAUGUGUUCUAACUCGUGUUUCACUCGUGUUUGAAGUCGUCGAUAGUAUUCAUACCAUCUUCUAUACUGCGUGGAUCGUUCAUCGUUCCUUCAUAUCCGCUCUAUCAUUUCAGUUCAUCGUCAACUAACUUCUUAUACUAUUUCAUAGAUAUGGCCAAGACUCGGAAAGCCAACAAUUCUGGCGGUGGAGGCAUGCAGAAGAAAGAACAGAAACAGGCUAAGACUCCCAGCACUCCGGACGUACCAGAAGGGUCAGAAAACGCUGACUCCACGAUCAACCCUGCGCCCGAAUCUGCCUACGAUGUUGUAGAUGCUGCAGAUCUUGCGGAAAUCGGGGAUGAAAACCCUCAUACCAACGCCGAUCCUCCCCAUCGCCCAUCCCAGACCGAGACCGAACAUGCUAUUCGCCCUCUUCCCUUGACACCGCCUCCGGAUCUCGCACGUAACGUAGACGGUCAAGCUGCGGGUAGGACUGACCGCGUAGUGACUACAGUUCAGAAGAAAUCGUCGACUGCGAAGGAUCUACAAGCUGUCGAUGAGCUUCUUGAGACGAUGAAACGCACGUUCAGCGCAAUGGGGGCUACAUUUGAUGUCUUGGGAAAACAGACGUUGAAGAUUGCCGAGUUGGGACCGGCGAUCGGUGCCUCCCAACAGAUAAGUAUUGCAUCGAAGCAAUUGGAAGAUCAUGUCAAACGCCAAGAACAAAGAAUGGAAGAUGUCCGGGACGAGCUGAAAGAGACGUUCUCAGACGCUGCACUGACUAAGAAGAUGCAAGAAGCUAUAUCCAGCAUAGCCAAAGAUAUUGUUCAUCGUGAAAUAGCGGAGAGGGUUCGCAAACAGCUUCAGGAACAAGUUCCACAGGAGAAGCGCGACCAAAUCAUAACCUACAAGAGGAAGAUUUUGGAAGUCCAGACUAGCCUCCAUAACUCCGAAGCUCGGAGACACAAUGCACUUAUCAAGUCAAACUCUUUGAAUGAGCCAUUGAAGGCUCUGUUGAGGCCUUUCGGUACUCCUUCGACUUCGCCCACAACUGGACCGCAAACCGCAACUCCAAGUUCCGGCGCCGCCUCAGCCGCCUCAAGUGUCUCCCCGACGUCUGCCAAACAGCCCACGACCACGUCACCCACAGACACUAAGGCUACCAGGGCGAUCAAGAAAAAUCUGACCAUCGCUGAGAAAGCAGGACGUGACAAGGCUGAAAAUACAGCAGUGGCUGCGUCCUCAGUCAGCACAGGCGCUGGAGUCGCGAAGCCUAAUCGGCCGACAGUCGUCACGGAUUUGGUACCGCCAACCCCUUCACCACUGUUCCCGAGAGACUUGACAGGACUGAUGAGGCUUGGGCCUCACGAGACACUCACGUUGAUGCAGGAGUACGGACUUGCACCCGUCCGUCAUGCUGCAACGCCUGUGGCUCAGGAAGGCAAAGCUUCUGAUGUCAAUUUGGAGCCUGAGAAUCAGCUGUCUAGGGAGGAUAACAUCAAUCGUUUCUUGAAUCAUAUUGGGGUCGGUUUCCAAGUCGUUGCUUCUCCAACUGUUGGGAAAACACCGUCGCCAUCUUUUGUGACGGUGAUGUCUAAUUGACUCUUGUGUAUUAUCAUCAUCAUAGAGUUUCUUCGUCUUACGGUUCUUGUACUCACACCAAAUACGUUUUCCCAUCCAUGGGUGUAGUAUCUGUAUUUUAGUGUAUCUGUAUCAUUUCUUGGCGUAUGCACGAAGCAUCGACAUCCUCUUGAUAGAACUUCUUGGCCUUGUAAUUAUAUUCUCGUUGAACUUCAUCUGCCACGAAUACCGUACAUGAAGUUGGUUGAUAUUUUAAUAACCUAGUUUGGUAGGUGAA